GAAAGUUGAAAAAUUAAUCAAGGAUCGAACAACAAUGGUCGUGUGAAUGUUAUAACUCUCGUGUUCUGGGCUGAACCUCUGAUGUACACGGAUACAAGGUUCACCAUCAUUAGGCUGACUCAGUCACUUGACUUUCAUCUCAGGUUUUUUGGCAGCAUAAAAUAUUGUUGUGAACAUUAUAGAUGUAGCCAAAUCUUCAAGUGGGUAAUAGGCACACUACACUGGUGGCAGCGGUCCAAGAAUCCAAAUUUUGAUACCAAACAGAAAGAACACAUACAGUCGAAUACAGUAAUUUUUCUGAUCCCUGAGAAGUCAAUGAAUAAGACCAAAAAACGAAACACAGAAGGAAAUCCUGAGAUGCUGCAAAUCAAGCCAUUAUCUUAGUAGAUCUUAGGAAAAGACUGUCAACAACCUUUCCCAUGUUUGAGACUGUGUCCAGCGUAGCCUGAUAAAUUGCAUCUGUCUUGGGAUCGUCAAAGAUGACGAGGCAUCCAGCACCCUGGUCAAGGGUUCCAGCAAACUUCUUAUCCAAAAUCAUCUGAGACAGCUUCUUCUCAACAUGUUCCCCAGGCAACUCAAUAAGCUCGGCAACAUGCCCUAUCUCAACCUUGGAGAACGGCUCAAUCAACCUGCAAAGGUUUUGCUCCAGGAGAGUGUCAUAAAGUGAGGACAGGUGACGGUGGACGAUUGGGUCCUCAUCCAGCUGUGACUUGAAAUUCCUAAGAGCAUCCUCGAAAAGCUUCAAAGACCGCUUUGAGUGGGCUUCAGCAACUGCUUUCAUGGCAUCUAGUUCUGGUCCCUGAUACUGCAACCCAACCUUAGGUGAUGAUAUUAUGCUUGCGACGUCAUCCGCCUGG